AUGGAUUUGUUGUGGCUCAACCAAUUUGCGGUCCUCCUCUGGAAAAAUUUCGUUUUAAAGAAAAGGAAGAUAAUUUCUUUAAUUGUGGAAAUCUUCAUGACGGUCUUCUUCUCUCUAUUGAUUUUGCUUCAUCGCAGAAAUAUAAAGAAGACGUUUCAGAAUGUUACUAUUUUCAGGCCUGUUCCUUUGAUGACCCUGCCUGAUUUCUUCUUUAAUAGGAGCUAUGUAUAUGAAUUAGCUUAUGUGCCUUCUAAAAGUGUUGUGGUAAAAAAUAUUACUGAGAUGGUGAAAGAGACAUUAAAUGCCAAUUUUUCAGUUCAAGGCUUUUCUUCAGAAGCACAGUUUGAAAAGUACGUUGUGUAUGAAAAGAAGCCUAUGGUUCAUGUGCUGGCUGCUAUUGUAUUUGAUCAUGACUUCAAAAACAGCGAUGACGGUUUGCCACUUAAAGUAAAAUAUCAUCUGCGUUUUGGUGCAGGUACUGAGAAAUCUUCAAAUUUACUAAGCUCCUUAAAAGAUACUGGAUGGAAUACACAUCUUCUCUUUCCAGAGAUACCUUCUCUAGGACCCAGGAACCUAGUUGAUGAUGAUGGGGGAGAUCCUGGGUACAUCAGAGAAGGGUUCCUGCUUUUGCAGCAUGUCGUAGAUCGGGCCAUCAUGACGUACCAUAACAGCAGAGCUGCAGAACAAGUGUUUAGUGAUGUCUUAAUUUUUCUUAGGCGGUUUCCAUUCCCUGCUUAUUAUAAUGAUACUUUUUUGUGGAUUUUUAUAAGUAUCUUCCCUUUGGUAGUUUUACUUGUAUUUUCCCUAACUGAACUUACCCUCAUCAGGACCAUUGUUUCGGAAAAGGAAAAGAGAUUAAAGGAGUACCAGCUCAUGAUAGGACUCAGUAAUGCUAUGCUCUGGGCUUCCUAUUUUGUCUCAUUCUUUCUGAUGUUUUUAAUUAUCGUCUGUUUACUGUGCGUGAUUUUAUUUGUCAAGAUCGUACCUGAUGUAGUCCUCCGGUACAGUGACCCAUCUCUCGUCUUUGUGUUUUUCCUGUGCUUUGUCAUCGCCUCUAUAUCCUUCGGCUUUCUGAUUUCCACAUUCUUCGAUACAGCUACUUUGGCUGUUUCUGUUGGAGGUUUCCUCUAUUUUGUCACCUUCUUUCCAUACGUAUUCGUGAGCACCAUGUAUACACAGAUGGCCCUUACCGAGAAGCUGGCUUUCUGUGUCUUUUCGAAUGUUGCAGUAGCUUUGGGGGUUGAUUUUAUAAGCAAGAUGGAAAUGAAGCAGUAUGGUGUCCAGUGGAAUAACAUGCUGUCACCAGUGAACCCAGAUGAUGACCUUAGUUUUGCUCAUAUUAUGGGAAUGCUUUUAUUUGAUGCUUUCUUGUUUGGCCUUAUGACCUGGUAUAUAGAUGCUGUCUUUCCAGGGAAGUAUGGUGUGCCCAAGCCAUGGUAUUUCUUUGUGCAGAAAUCCUACUGGUUUGGUAAAGCUUUAAGCAUUAAGAAGAAAGAAGAUAAGCAAAUUAUCGAUAUAACUAGAAGUGACUAUUUUGAAGAUGAGCCUGUUGAUUUGGCAGCUGGUAUCAGGAUUCAACAUCUGUACAAGGAAUUCACAAUGGAGAAGGAUACCACCAUGGCAGUAAAAAACUUAUCUUUCAAUGUAUAUAAGGGGCAAAUCACUGUUCUUCUGGGACCUAAUGGGGCAGGAAAGACUACCACCUUAUCAAUUCUCACAGGUUUGACUCUUCCUACAAGUGGAAAGGUGUAUAUUAGUGGAUAUGAUAUCUCAAAAGACAUGGUUCACAUCAGGAAUAACUUGGGCUUUUGCCCCCAGGAUGACAUAUUGUUUUCAGAAUUGACAGUAUCAGAACAUCUCUAUUUCUACUGUGUGAUAAAAGGAGUACCUCCAGAGAUACGUCUCACAGAAGCUAAUAAAAUGCUGACUUCUUUUGGCCUGCUGGAAAAGCAUGAUGCACUUGCAAAGUCACUGAGUGGAGGAAUGAAGCGCAAACUCUCCAUCAUUAUAGCACUUAUAGGAGGUUCCAAGGUGGUGAUACUUGAUGAGCCAACAUCUGGCAUGGACCCAGUCUCAAGGAGAUUCACCUGGAAUGUCCUUCAGCAGUAUAAACAUGAUCGUACCAUCUUACUGACCACCCACCACAUGGAUGAAGCUGAUGUCCUGGGUGACCGUAUAGCCAUCAUGGUCAAGGGAUCCCUGCAGUGUUGUGGCUCUUCAAUUUUCCUGAAAAGAAUAUAUGGUGUGGGAUACCACAUAAUUAUGGUGAAGGAGCCUCAUUGUAAUGUUGAAGAAAUUAUUCGAGUGGUUGAUCAACAUGUACCUGAAGCCAGAUUGGAGAACAAUGUUGCAGCUGAAUUAUCAUUUAUCCUACCCAAAGAAUACACACACAGGUUUAAAGACCUGCUUACUGAUCUGGAAAACAGACAGAAAGAGCUGGGCAUUGGUAGCUUUGGUGUCUCAAUCACUACCAUGGAAGAAGUUUUCCUUAGGGUCAGUAGAGAGGAUGAUGAAGCUUUCCAGACCCCAUCCGUAAAGGACAAAAACAGAAGAGAAAACAUGAACCAGAAUAUGAAUGUGCCCAGAAGUUUUGAGAGAUCAUACUCUCCCACUGCAAGUGAACCCUCUAAUAUUAAGUUUAAUACUGGGUGGUCUCUUAACUGCCAGCAGUUUUGUGCCAUGUUCUUAAAGAGGGCUAUGUUCUCUUGGCGCAACUGGAAUUUGAUGUUGAUGCAGAUACUGGGACUUCUGGGCAUUGUUUAUUUUCUCAUGAGAGGAAUGGAAAUUUCAAGAAACAGAGUUGAAAAUGCCAGGGAAAUGGAUUUGGAACAAUAUGGUCAAACCAUUGUGCCUUUCUCAGAUGAUGACCGUUCUGAUUUUUCUCAGAAUUUAACAGAAAUUCUUGAGAUGAUGCUAAAGGCUAAGAAACAAAAAUUUCAGGAAGUGAAAGGUGGCUUAAUGAAAUACUUGCAGGAAAGUCAAGAAUGCAUUUACUCAUGCAUUAUUGCACUUUCCUUUCACGUUGUUGGAAAUAAAAAAAUAGUUACACUUUGGUUCAACAACAAGGCAUACCACUCACCACCAUUAUCCCUGGCAGUAUUAGACAAUCUUAUUUUUAUGGCACUUUCUGGCCCUGAUGCUUCAAUUACGGUCUCCAACAAACCUCAGCCUCAAAAUAUUGUGUCUAAAAAACUUGAGGGAAGAAAAAUACCAGGAAUGCAGGUAGCCUUGAAUUUGUUUUUUGGUGUGAGUAUUUUUGUCAGUGGCUUUUGUCUUCUGACAGUGACUGAGAGAAUCACUAAGGCAAAGCACAUCCAGUUUGUGAGUGGGGUCUCUGCCAUUAAUUUCUGGCUCUCUGCUCUGCUGUGGGACUUCAUCAUCUUCUUCACUGCCUGCUGCUUACUAAUGGUGGUGUUCCUAUUAUCUGGAUUGGAUGCACUGACCAAGAAUUACUGCUUUCUGGACACAUUGGUCAUCUUCAUGCUGUUUGGCUGGUCUGUCAUUCCCUUCACAUACCUGAUAAGUUUCCUUUUUUCUAGUCAUACCAGUGCCUACAUCAAGCUCGUUAUGUUAAACUACUGUGCAGGAGUUUUCAGCAUAGUAAUGGAUAUAAUAAUAACCACAACAUCAGACAAAGGAUCUGCUUCUGAAAGCCUCCUACUUAAUUCAAUGAUGGUGUUACCCAUGCAUAACUUUGGGAUGAGCAUCAGCAAAUAUUAUGAUAACCAAGAGACAAAGAUUCUGUGUUCCUCAACAGAUGUUCCUGCCUUCAUAAACUGUAGUAAAGCAA